AUGAGUCAGCGACAAAUCAUACAAGUUUUUCAGGAGUACCAGAAAUCACGGUUGCAUUUCGUGCAAACUGUUGCUGAUCUGGCAUCCAGACCCCAGAAUAUAGAAAUCCUCCACAAUGCCGGUGCGAUGGCCAUGCUCCGCGCCCUGUUGUUGGACGUGGUCCCCAGCAUUCAGCAGGCUGCGGCCGUGGCUCUCGGUCGCCUGGCCAACUACAGUGCUGAGAUGGCGGAGGCCGUGGUGAAGGAGGACAUCCUUCCCCUUCUGGUCCACUCUCUGGGCUUGCAGAACAGGCUCUAUAAGAAAGCGGCAGCGUUUGUGCUGCGUGCAGUCGCCAAACACUCCACCGGGCUGUCCAGUGCGGUCGUGUCAUGUGGGGGUUUGGAUGCAAUGGUCAUCUGCCUGGAGGAGUUUGACCCGUUGGUGAAGGAGGCAGCAGCCACGACUCUGGGCUUCAUUGCGCGGCACAGUGCGACAUUGACACAGUCUGUUGUGGAUGCUGGCGCGAUCCCGCUGCUGGUCAUGUGCCUUCGAGAACCCGAGAUGGCUCUGAAACGAACCGCGGCCGCCACAAUCAGCGAUAUCUGCAAGCAUACCCCCGAACUGACGCAGAUGGUGGUGGAAUGUGGUACCAUCACACAUCUGGUGCAGAUGAUCAACAGCCCGGACACAAAACUGAAGAGGCAGGUGUUCUCGGCCUUGAGCCAGAUCAGCAAGCACACGGUCACCAUGGCGGAGAUGGUGAUCGAGGCCGAGGUCCUCCCUGCCGCGGUUGCCUGCCUCAAACAUCCAGACGACCAUGUGAGGAUGAACGUCGCUUCUCUGAUGAAGGAGAUCGUGAAACACACACCGGAGCUGUCACAGGUCAUCGUGAACAGUGGUGGCUUGGCAGCGGUGAUCGACUAUCUGGCCGAGUGCCGUGGAGAUCUUCGGCUACCAGGGAUCUUGAUGCUGGGAUACGUGGCGGCGCACAGCGAGAAACUCGCCAUGGCCGUCGUUCUCUCCAAGGGGUUGCCCCAGCUGACCCUGUGUCUGUCCCAGGAGCACGAUCACCACAUUAAAGCAUCCACGGCCUGGGCCAUCAGCCAGAUCGGCGGUCACACGACUCAGCAUGCCAACGCCGUGGCCAAAGCCGGCCUGCUGCCCAAACUGCUCCAGCUCUACAUGAACACCGGCAGCUCGGAAGACCUGCAGAUUAAAGCUAAGACGGCACUGAACAGUAUUCUGCAGAGAUGCACCGACCUGCCAUCACUGCAGCCGCUUCUCUUUGACGCGCCGAGCAACAUCCUCAAGCACGUCGUGUGCCAGUUCAGCAAAGUACUGCCUCACGACAGCUUGGCGCGGCGUAUUUUUGUGACAAGCGGGGGUCUGGCGAAGGUGCAAGAGAUCAAGGCCAAGUCUGACUCUGCUCUGCAGAAGUACAUCAGAGUAAUAAAUGACUGUUUCCCAGAGGAGGUGGUCAGGUACUAUUCCCCCGGCUACUCGGAGAUCUUGUUGGAGAAAGUGGAGGACUAUGAGCCUGAAAUCUCCAAGCUGAAAUAA